AUGAAGAUUGAAGGAUCAAGAGAGUAUAUUUACGCUGAGAUAAGAGAAAGAUUGCUCUGUUUUGAGCAUAUCGGCAAUGGAAACCUUCAUGAAUAUAUUACUGAUAACCACAUGGUGGCGAAAAUCGCGGAUUUUGGAUCGUCAAGACUUGAUGAAAAAUCACAAACAAUGGAUGCAAAUCGUUGUGUAACAUUAGGGUAUUGCUGUCCUGAAUACCUACUUGGUGGUAAGAUGUCGGUCAGAUCAGACAUCUAUAGUUUGGGCGUAAUAAUCAUUGAACUGGUGACAGGAUGUAAAGAAAUCCCUGCGAACAGUAAUGUGCUGAGGAGAUGGAGGCAUAGAUGGAAGAAAUCACUGAAGGAAACACCAUGGGCUUACCAGCAAUUACAAAUAACUAAAUGCAUCGGAAUAGGCCUACAUUGUCAGGAAAGUGAUCCAUACAAACGGCCAUUUAUAUGGGAUGUCAUACAUGAUAUCAACAAAACUGAUGGUACCUUGGAACAAACCAGCAAUGCCGAUGAAUCUGACGCUGAGCAGAUAAGGCCCCACUGGGAUGAUGAUAUGCUUGGGAUUGAGCCACUCAAGCUACAUUUUCAUUUUGAACCUAACAAGCAGAUAUCAUGCCUACUUCAGUUAGCCAACGAUACAACUGCUAGCAUUGCCUUCAGUAUACAACCGGUGAGCCCGAUGCCAUACUGCAUACAACCAAACAAAGGAAUUGUGCCGCCACUAUCCAGUUGUGCCGUUGACAUAACAUUACAGUUGCAAAGUAAGCCGCCAAAGGACAUGCAGCACCUGGGUGAGUUCGUCGUACGGAGCACCAAAGUAGCUGAUGGAAUUACAACUAAGGAGAUAACUUCAGACAUGUUCAGUAAAGUGUCCAGUGAAGUUGUUGAUGAGGUUAACGUGGAUGUUGUUUUUGACAUGCCACUAUUACUUGAGGAAACUUGA